UAGGACCAGGCGGGGGCCCAGGACACUGGGGUCAGGGCUGGGUGACCUCCAGGCCCAGGCCUUAGCGCCCACCUCACUCUCCAGCAGCUGAGAUUGAGAGACCAGCUUGGGGGCAGCCAGAGGGAGAGGUUACCGCAGGCUCCCCAGGACCCGGGCCCUGGGGGCUCCAGGCCCAGUAGGCUGAGGAAGGAACCUCGAGGUGGGGUGGGGCGUGAAGCCCCUUGUCCUGCUCCCCAUCACUGGGAGUGGGCCCUUAUCAAGUGGAGACGUUGCUGUUUGGUACCCAAUGCCAAAGUCUAAGCUGUGACCGUCUGCAGUGGUCUCUAUGACACCCGAUAGGAGACGCCCCGGAGUCCCGACCGCUUCCGGCUACACCCUAGCACCUGGGUCACCCACCAGCCCUCCUUCCAGCCAGAACCAGCGGCGAGCCAGGGCUCCUUCCACCCUGUCCCCUUAAACCGGACUGCGCUCGCCUGACAGCCACCUGGGGUCACUGUAGCCAUCCCCCUGCGGACGGAGGAAGGGGGAGACCACUGAGACCAACAGCAGAUCUGGGUUUGGGCCUGGGUCUGUUCCUGCCUGAAAUCCAUGCCGCAUCCCCUCACCGGUGGCCUGGCCCCUCCCGCCCCUCUGGACACAGUUUGCCUGGUGGAACAGAGGCUGGGAAAUGCAGGGAUCUCUGGUUCUGCCUCCAUCCUGGAAGACAGAGACAUGGACCCCUGGGCCCUCCCUCAGCUGAAAGACACCGGCCAGUCCUGGAAAGAGCUCAGCACGGCCGGCAGGGCGCUGCGGGUGCUCGUCGGCUUCCUCAAGGCCUGCGGGCUCCUGGGCGGCCUCUACCUCUUCAUCUGCUCCCUGGACAUCCUCAGCUCCGCCUUCCAGCUGCUAAGCAGCAAAGUAACCGGAGACAUCUUCAAGGAUAACGUGGUGCUGUCCAACCCCCUGGCUGGACUGGUCAUUGGCGUGCUGGUCACGGUCCUGGUGCAGAGCUCCAGCACGUCCUCCUCCAUCGUGGUCAGCAUGGUGGCCUCCAAGCUGCUGACCGUCCGGGCCUCUGUGCCCAUCAUCAUGGGUGUCAACGUGGGCACAUCCUUCACCAGCACCCUGGUCUCGAUGGCACAGUCGGGGGACCGGGACGAGUUUCGGAGGGCCUUCGGCGGCUCAGCCGUGCAUGGCAUCUUCAACUGGCUCACAGCGCUGGUCCUGCUGCCGCUGGAGAGUGCCGCAGCCCCCCUGGAGAGGCUCAGUGUGCUGACCCUGGGCGCCGCCAGCCUGCAGCCCGGGGGGCAUGCACCCGACAUCCUCAAGGUGCUGACCCGGCCGCUCACACACCUCAUCGUGCAGCUGGAUGCUGAUGUCCUUACGGGCAGCGCCACGGGCAACACCACCAACCGGAGCCUUAUCAAGCGAUGGUGCGGCACCAGGGAGCAGACGACCGCGGGGAACAGCAGCCACUGCGGAGCGGCGGCGGGGGGCCCCUGCCCUGGGAAGAACGGCUCUGCGUCUGAGGAGCCCUUGCCCUGCCGCCACCUGUUCGCGGGCAUGGCGCUCACGGACCUGGCCGUGGGCCUCAUCCUACUGGCCGCCUCCCUGCUCGUGCUCUGCUCCUGCCUCGUCCUCAUCGUCAAGCUGCUCAACUCCACGCUGCGGGGCCGCGUCGCCCAGGCCGUGAGGACGGUCAUCAACGCCGACUUCCCCCGCCCGUUUGGCUGGCUCAGCGGCUACCUGGCCAUCCUCGUGGGUGCCAGCCUGACCUUCGUGCUCCAGAGCAGCAGCGUCUUCACCUCGGCCAUCGUGCCGCUCAUAGGGGUCGGGGUGAUCAGCCUGGAGCGAGCGUACCCUCUCUUCCUGGGCUCCAACACUGGCACCACCACCACGGCCCUGCUGGCGGCUCUGGCCAGCCCCUCGGACAGGCUGCUCAGUGCCGUCCAGGUCGCACUCAUCCACUUCUGCUUCAACCUGGUGGGCAUCCUGCUGUGGUACGUCGUGCCCAUCCUCCGGCUGCCCAUCCCGCUGGCCAAGCACUUUGGGAACCUGACCGCCAGCUACCGCUGGGUGGCCGUCGCCUACCUGCUGCUCUGCUUCCUGCUGCUGCCGCUGGCCGCCUUCGGGCUCUCCCUGGCGGGGGCUGCAGUGCUGGCUGCGGUCGGCGGGCCCCUGGUAGUGCUGGUGCUCCUCGUCGCCCUGGUCACCGUCCUGCAGCGGCACCGGCCGGCCUGGCUGCCCCGCCGCCUGCGCUCCUGGGCCUGGCUGCCCCCCUGGCUCCGCUCUCUGGAGCCUUGGGACCGCCUGGUGAGAUGCUGCUGCCCCUGCCAGGCCUGCAGCCCCCCUCAGGCUGCGUCCAAGGAGGCCCACUGCUAUGAGAAUCCCCAGGUUCUGGCCUCCCAACAGUUGUGAAGGGUGGACGCCCCCGCCCCAUUGACCUCUGGCGGCCCUGGGGGGUCCCAGUAGCUGAGGGCUUCUGAGUCACCUGGGGCGCCUUCUUUGCAAAUAAAAAAUGCCUGUACCCAGG